GAGCAGCGGAGUAAUUCCGGGAAAAGGCGGACUGACAUUUUGUCGCCAGAGUCGCUUCGACCCAGCAGCGUGUCUGUAUCUGUGUUGACUGGUGUUUGGUGGGGGAAAAAAAACGGAAGACAGAUCAUGACGACAGAAAGAAACAGCAAAGCCCUGAAGGUGAAGCAGGAAUGUGGCGAGAAUGUGCCCGUCCUGUCGGACAGUGAGCUCAUGUCCCUCUCAGUACGAGAGUUGAACCUCCACCUGCGCGGCCUGUCCCGCGAGGAGAUCCAAAAGCUGAAACAGCGCCGUCGCACCUUGAAGAACCGGGGAUAUGCCGCCAGCUGCCGGGUCAAACGGGUGUCCCAGCGCGAAGCCCUGGAGCAGCAGAAAACGGAGCUCCAGAGAGAGGUGGAGAGGCUCGGAGCCGAGAACGCCGGUAUGAGGAAAGAGCUGGAGGGGCUCGGCGCACGUCUGGCCGCGCUCCAGAGGUUUGCCAGGGGCCUGGAGGCCGGAGGGGGCCACCUGCUGGCUACAGCUCCUCGCCUCAACACUGCCUCAGUCAUCACCAUUGUGAAGAGUCCACCACAGCCUCAGCAACAGAGAGAACAUGAGCCGUCCUAGAAGGAGCUGCUGCAGCCAGACUGGGGGGGGAGGGACACACAACCUGCAAUGCAAACACACACACACCUACAGGCAAACAUAUACUAUACACAUGCCAAGAACAGGAAGACGAUAUUAGUAGGGAAAUACUAAACACUUGUGUGCGUUACACCUCGUUCACAUUUCAAAAUUCUGUUGGGUUAUAUAUCCAGGAGUCAUCCAUUCCUGCAUGACAAAGUUUUGACGAAGUGGUGUGCAACGUCACCGAACAGACAACAGCUAUGCUUAGUUUUCCAAAGCAAGGGCCAGGAACGGUUGAAAAAUCAUCUAGGACCGGUGGAGGCGUCCUCCGCUUAAUGCCGUUUUAUGACACUGCAGCUUAGUUGAGCGAAAUUUAGGAAAGCGUCUUUGUUUAGAAGCUGUCAAAGUUUAGUAUUAUAUUCAGAAAGCUGCAGCAGGUAUAAUGUGAACGAGGCGUCGAGCACUCCGAUAUCUCUCUCACACACACACAAAUGAACAAAACCCUCACACUCAUUCUCCUGAUCCACACGGGGCGAUGCCAUUGGCUAACUGGACUCAGACAGAAGCCAGACCACCCCAACCAGAGUUACUGUACAUCUUCACUGCUCAGCAAAUCCGGCUCUGGCGCUGCUGCUCUCUGCAGCCGAAAGUUUGGCGCUUCUCUCUGCUUCAGUUUACGGCACCUGACCAAGAACAAAAUGCCAGCGUGGAGCAGACAUAUGACCAGCUUCCUCCAGCUCUACGAUGUCUGCAUUCCUGGUUAUGUUGGGGUCUGAAGUUGCUAGCUCUCAUAGGGCUCGUGGGUCCCCAAAAUAAUGAAGAGUUUCUCUACCUUGGUGUCACUUGAUAUGCAGACGGGGUCAUUUGAGAUUUCAGAGGCUAAUAUAGUUUGUGUUUAAUAGUUUCACAAGGAUAAUUUCUAUAUAAUUGUUUUGGAGCUUCCGUCAUGGACUUCAGAAUAAAAUACAACAGUAUGCCAUACUCUGAUUCACUUGACAGCUCUGUAACUGUUGGGUCAAUGUGGAUUUUCGGAAGCAAACAUGGUCACAUGGUCUAGAAAAAGGUUGAGAAACACAUUCACGCAUCAUGAAUCCCUUCGAACUGUCCAUUAUGUGAAAUAUCUUAGUUAGGAUCCACCUGCCGCUGCUCCCUCCCUACCUGUCCUACUCUGUGUGAGAGGAAAGUAGUUUUGUACUGCUUGUGUACAAAUUUCUCACAUUAAUGCAGUGCCUUCAGUGUAUCUUGGAGUAUAAACCCAAGAGGGAAACGGUUUAAAAACGGACUGUAAUCGCUCCUUCUCGACUGUUCACGACCGCACAUUUCUUUGUUUAGGAUUUCUUUGAAUUCUCCUAUUUUCUGAGUUGUGAUCCCUCAUUGCUCAUUUCACAAUUCCUACUGUGCAGUAACUUUGCUGCAGUCUGUUGUGGCUUCAUUUUAUUUUUUCAUAUCUGGUAGACUUCCAACAACAGAUGUUGGUCAUUUUGCUAAAAACAUGUAAAAGCGGAGACGCAUCUGGUAGGAAUUACGCUCAAGUUGAUGCAAAUCCUCUGCAUACAUUCCCGUUCUGUGUUCUGAUUUAUAAUGUUUGUGCCGUUGAGAGACGAAAAUGUUGAGUGACAUUUAUCAGAGAUAUAUUCUAUAUUUUAUUUGUAUUUAAAGGUAGAUAUUAUGAAAAGACAAGCUAACGAGUGCUGUGAUGUUCUGUAUGUUUUCAGAAGUACUUACUUAUGACUAGUCCGGGGAUAUGUCUAAUUAUUGUGUUGUGUGGCGACGAUGAUUACUUUUACGAAAUGUUAAUUAUUAGCUAUGUAGAAAUAUGCUCAAAGCCAAUGGCCAUAUUGCUGUAUGAUGAUUUUUGUGUGUGUGUGUUUUUGCCAUGUUUGUACUAGCUUGUCAUAGUGGAUUCUUGGAGGGAUAUUAUUUUUCUAUGAUGAUUUUGUACGUUUAUUUGUGUGAAAAAUUAAGGUCCCUUAAUUGGCUGGGCGGGCAGAUCCUCGGAAUGUUAAAGGAAGAGCGGGAAGUGGUAAAUGUGGAGAGAGAGAGAGAGAUAAAGGCGAAGAUGAGGAGGAGAUAAGAAGGUUAGGAUGAGAGGUUGUUGAAUGAUGGCAAAAGAAAGUUGGCAAGGCAGACUGGGAAAGAAGGUGGAAAGGGGCGGGGCUUUAUUCACUUGAAACCCUCCAUCGGUCACAGGCCUGUUGCAGUCAAGGCAUGUUCAAACAGGCUUGGACUUCAUGGAGUCUAGGCCACUGAAUAGUGCUAGCAAUAUCAUUUAUAAGCAGGCAUUGUAACGCAUUAGACUGUGUUGACAAAUAACUCCUAAAGAUAUGUGGCAUAUUUAGCUAUAUGAAUAUCAGUGUGGCAAAGCAUUUAUUCUCAACAUUUUAACGUCUCGCAUCUGUCAAACUGUGCUGGGUGUUUUGUAAUACUUGCAAAACAAAUGUUUUUUGUAUUUAUUACUUGUAUUUUUUCUAUUGUGAAAAUUUAAGUACAUUGUCUAUUUUAUAUAUUAAUUAUAAUAAAUGUUGUACAUAUUGUA